GCCAUGCUUAAGUUUUGAAAGGUGCUUGUAGUGUUUUUCCGUCUGUAUUAACAAUUUAGUAGUUCAUUUAUAAUGAGGAGAACAACACAAUAGGACAGCUAAAGCAUUAGGAUAUUGUUUCCUUACUUGAAAAGUUUGCCUCUGAUUUAUUUCUAAAUGCAAAUGCCUUGUUUUCUCACUCUUCAUUAGAAGAAGCUACAGUAGAAACCAAAAACAGAGCUGUGAUGGAAUCAAAAGUGGAUGUCCUGAAGAAGACCUAUUUAUCUGAAUUAAACUCCAAAUACUCAGAGAAACCAUGGACUGAGACCUUUCAGCUGGUGCACAGAUGCAUGGAUAAAUCUAGAGCAGACAGCAGGCACUCUGAGGCAAUCAUGAGAUGCCUGCAGAAACUCCAGGAAGCUCAGAAUGUGACCUCUCUGAGUGCCAUGGUGACCAGAUUGGAGAUGAUUGCCAAACAGAGAGGACUGGGCUCCCACUUGAGUCCCACAGAGACUGCAUGCUAUCUGACAGCUGAUCUGUUCUAUGUGGAAGUGCUGUUGCUGCCUGGGGGAGAGGUUGAGGAUGUGAAAGUCGCUAAGCAUGGAGAAGCUCCUGAGUCAAACGCAUUGCUUUGUCAGUUGCUAAGGAUGAAGAAAUUUCAGGAAUUCUCACUCAAGAUGGAUGACCUUGCAUCUCUCUGUAACAUACCAGGCGACAGUGAUACCAAACUGAAGGUCUACACAUCCAUUCAGCACCUUCAGAAAGACCUACUAAAAAUCUCCAAUUUACCAAGGCAUUUGAUAGAGAGUGAUGCUCAUGUUGAUAUGGUUCUGAAUGGCAGGAUUGGCAGUAUUACACCUGGCAGUGAAGGAAGCCCAAUGAGCAUUGAGUACUACAUCAGUCCCUCAGACGCUCUGAUAGAGAGGUUACAUCCAGGGGAGGGCAGCCGUAGCCAGAGUGCUGUGUUAGUGGUGGGUGCCAGUGCCACUACACACAGGUUGCAGAUGGAGUCUCUGAUUCCUACACCACCUCAAGUGAACUCACAAGGUCUUCCUGCUUUCAUCCCGCUCUCUGAUGCAUGCUCAGAGUUGCUGCCAGCCUUCUUUAUGCUCAAAUUCAAGCCACCAGUGCCCAUGCUCAAUUCCUUCAUCCACAAAAUGAGCCAAAUAACAGACCUUCCCCCAGAUGCUGACCUGCAGGGGGAGCCACUUUUCCAGCUGCUCCAGUCUAGUGCUCUAAAGGACAAGAGAUCAUGUGAUGGAAACGAUGCUCACUUUCUUGUGUCUCUCCCAGAUGCUGAGUUUCACAGCUAUUUAUUCGCUGAUGCUGAAUGGAAAUGUGACUUCUGGAGAGGAUCCCUGAUUCACACAGUUCCUUUCACCCAUCCUUCUCACGUGCCUGCCUUAUUGGACCUCCUCCGGUAUCAGUCUGCCGUCAACACCCUACUGACGAGCUGCAUCACCGGCCUUAAGCACCAACCAGAAAUAGAGUUUGACCUUAGCUGUGAAAUCUUACCCGAGUCUGACUGCAGCUUUUCUGUGACCUUCAACAUCCUGGACAGUGAGACACUGGCAGUUUUGCUUGUUUCGGUGGUGGAUUGUCGUCGGCUGUGCUGCAGGCUCCUAAUGCCUGGUCCAGUGGAUCACUCUCUAGAUGGCUAUAUCUCCAGAGUCCUCACACGGUGCAUGUCUAUCCCUAUCACUUUGAGGGCUAUACGGAAAAGGAUAUCAAGCUUGAGGCCUCCAGCACUGCCACUUGAACCCGAUUCCGCUAGAAAGGCUUCAGAGAGUUCAUCCUCUACUUCAGCACAUUCUGCUGUAGAAAACGCUCCAGCGGUCCUCCCUUCUGCUGUGCUCUCCCCUGAGCAAAUGGAGGAGGACGAGCUUCCCACUAACUCUGGCCACUAUGUCAUGUCUGUAGCUGCAGCUCCGGCAGUUGAUGGUACUAAUACAGAUGCGAUUGCUAACCGUUCCCCAUGUGCCUCUGUGGGUGUCUAUUCACACUGGGUGGCCAGCAACUUUCCAGCUAAGCUGAUUUAGAAUAGUGGAAAGGGACAGUCAUGUCUGAAAGAUAUGUAAUAAAUUAUUUGUUUUGAAGAAAGUCAUUAAUAAACAUGUUUUAAAUGGAAGUUCACAAUGGUCAAAUAAUCUGGAAGUUUCCCAGAGAGCUAAAAGUGUUUUUUUUUUUAAAAAUGUAAACACAUAUUUUUACCAAUACCUAGCAUCUGUUCUGUCUAAAUAAUACUUGACUGUAUGUCUAAACUUCAUCAGAUAAUGAACCAGUAUGGUCUCUUAUUGGCCGCGUCUUAAUAGCAAAAUAAAACACACACAAUUCAUAUCAAGUUGCGUUAAAACAGCCAUAGCUGAGGCAAAAGGUUUUCCUUGUUACAGUAUAAUUUUUAUUCAUUUGCUAUACCCCCAGGUAAUCUGUGUACUAAAGACCUUAAAAAGAGGAAGUACACAACAUUCUUCUGUUGCAUGCUGUUGAGGCAUUUGGCUGUUAAGGGUUUCUUGGGCUUGGCAUUUGACCCUGUUCCAGACAGCCAACACACCACUGAUUGGUACCAUGCGAGCCAAACAAACAAGUAAAAAGUAGUAGUUGUACCUAGAAUUUUCUCAAAUCCCCUCCCGGACAAACAGUCCUCUUCAGACAUUAGACAUGCUACACAGAUUGUGUUCAGAUCUGUAAUGAAUGAUUAGAUGUGUUCGUCCAAGACCGUUUAUAAAGUUCAGAAGUUUUGUGGUUUGGCCAUAUUAUAAUAUGUUCCUUCACAAGGGAAAGUUGCCAACAAUUAAAAAUGUUACAGACUUCUCAUGCAGUUUUAAAGCCAUGGACUAGGUAAGCAGGAAUGUAUCUUCGUUUCUUUAAGCACUGUUUGAUUUUUUUCCCCCAGAAAUAUUUAUAUUUUACUGCAUAGAGCACACAUUUCCUAAAAGAGUAAUAGACCUUGUCUUUUUGUGCUCCGCAAAGACAAUGAAAGUGACAGAUACGAGUUUCAUACUUGUUAUGCUCGGGUUCCUGUUUUGCAGUUCACAGCACAAUAAAGUUUCCGGUGAUGGAGGUCAGCCAUUUUAAUUUCGUUCAGGAAGUCUAAGAGACUUACAAUAGAGCCUUAGUUGAUGGUGUACUUUAUAAACCUUGGGUCAUGCAUAUAAUUGUCUCUGUGCGAGCUUGCUGAUCUAGGAUAAUCUAACAUCUCUCCCUGCGUCCUUGUUACAUCAUUCAUGUUGAUGUGAAGAAUAAAAUCAGAUCAUAGAACACCAUUUGUACUCUGCGACCCCAAGGAAAAAGGGAAAACACCACAUCCACAUGACAAGUGCAUAUGAAAGCAUUUUAACAGAGCAUAUUGUUU